CUGACCGUGCUGACAUAUUGAAAUUGCACCGUACAUGUGGCUACAAAAACUUGACAUUGUAAAAACGUCUCAUUUGAACUGAGCAAAAUGUCACAUUUUGUAGUAACUUUAGUUGACGCAUGAAAAUUUGUGAUAUUUCUGUAACUCUGCGAAAAGAUAGUGAAAUUAUUGAUAAAUCACCUACUUCACACAAAAAAAAUCUUCCUAUCCACACUCUCCACUCCCCAAAGUACCUCAAUCCACAAAAUGCUCUGAGAUAGGGUUCCCAGUGGUUGAUAUCCAACGAUGAAUCUACAGUCACUGAUUAAGGACUUCAAUCCAAGCAAAUUCAUUGUCCACAGCAGUCUCUUUCUCUUUACAAUCCUCUUUUGUUUACGCAUCGAUGGAUUCAUUGAUUGGCCCUUUUGGGCCAUCUUCAGUCCUCUGUGGAUAUGGAAAGCUAUCGCCACUUUGGGGGCUACUGUAGGUGCCAUUGUUUGGUGCAGGUAUCCACAUUACCGCGUCGAAGGAGACUCUUAUGCUCACUUCAAGGCGAUGUUGAUCUCCCUGUCGCUCCAUCUAAUGCUCCUCAUGUUUGAACUCCUUUCCUGCGACCAGCUGAGCUCUGGGAAUCACCUAUGGGUCCUUGUCUUCAUUCCCCUUAUCUUCGGCAGCGUGGCCAGUGUUGGAGCCUGCGUCUGGGCUGUGAAACACGACAGAUCCUUCGAGUUGGAGCUAUUUUUGGCUGUUAACACGCUCCAAUUUGUUUUUCUGCCGUUGAAACUGGAUGAUUUUGUUGGAUGGCGUUGGGAGAUUGUCUUCAUUCCCUUCUGGAUUGUGCUCUGUCUAAGUCUCAUAGGUGUCCUGUAUAACAUAAUCUUUUGUGGUAUUCUCCUGAGAACACCAGAAGUAUCGGCCGAACAGAAGCGUUCCGCAGUCAAUUCGGCCAUAGGCAAUACACUCUGUGUCGUGUGUAUCCUGGCCUUCCAGGUGCUCAUUGCCGAUAAGCUCGAUGGUGAUCUAGAUUGGCCAUUGAUAGCAGUGGCUGGUCCCCUACUCCUGGCUCUCUUCAUCCUAAUCCUGCUGAGCUUCAGCGCCAAAGGUGGCAACAAAUGGUGGUUUGGAAUCCGGAAGAACUUCAGCCAGUUCAUCCUGAGUUCCCUACCAUGUCUUCAAGAAUACGGUAACAUAGCCUAUCAUAUAGAUAGUGGACAAAGUGUCCCACUGGACACAGCUAAUCACGUUCAAGUGGAUCAUCUGUAUGGCAAGAAGGCGCAUAAAAUACAGAAUAGCAAAAAUGACCAUCAUAAACCAGUAGUGCCCAUCAUAAACAUCGACAUCCCGGAUUAGAAGUUGCGGAAUAUAUAGGACAACUUUCUCCUAUAUAGUUGACAAAAAAAGGUCUCGAAGGAACUUUUAAGCCACAAACUAUCAAAAUUCUAUAGCACCGAAGGACAAAAUGUUCUCACAAAGUUAUAUAUUUGCUAGGUUAUGUAAAUAAAUGAUCGUUUUGCAGCGAAGGGACCGCCUCAGUCUCUUCCAUUGCUCAAUUCCAAUGUGAAUUGGGACGGCAGUUGAUUCUCUUAACAAAUAACUUUAGCACUAAUGAAAGUAUAACAAAUGUAUAUUAGUUGAUCGCCAAAAUAUUUUAUACUUGAUGAUAGAGUCAUAGCAUAUAGUUUUAGAACAAAUUAAAUCAAGAUAUUUUACUCAAAA